UUACAUACAUACUUUGACAAGAAAGCUUUGAUCUCUUGUCUCUCUCUCUAUCUUUUUCUGCUGGGUUGAGUUUUGCUGCAAAUUAAACAGGACUCUUUCAAAGAAUUAUACUUAACAUCAAAAGCAAAGAUGAAAGUUGUUUAAAGGAAGUUUCUUGUAUGGCGAACCACAGAAUUGGAGAAACGGGUUUAUCAGACUCACCACCUUCAAACCAUCAUCAUCAUCAUGUCUCUUAUGUUGUUCAUGGAAUCAAUAACAACCCCGCAAGCUUCAUCAAUCAAGAAGGGUCUGCUUUUGAUUUUGGAGAGUUGGAAGAAGCAAUUGUUCUGCAAGGAGUUAAGCUUAGUAAUGAUGAAGGCAAAGAAGCCAGACCUGCAGCUACUCUGGAGAUGUUCCCUUCUUGGCCAAUCAGAUUCCACCACACCCCAAGAGGAAGUUCAAAAUCAGGAGGAGAGAGCACAGAAGAGUCUGGAUCAGGAUUGAACAGUGUCUCUGAAGCACAGCUAGACCUAGAAUCUCCUAUAACUAUUAAGCCUUCUUCUUCUUCUUCUUCUUCACAUCAUCAUCAUCACCUGCAAGUAGAUAUGGCAAAUGAUGCCUCAACACCAGGUUCAUCAAACAAUCAAACGCCUCCAAAACCAACCCAAGACAAGAGAAAGGUUUCAAGUUCAGACAAGCAACUUGACGCCAAGACGUUGAGACGUUUAGCUCAAAAUAGAGAAGCUGCCAGGAAAAGCCGUCUAAGGAAAAAGGCGUACGUGCAGCAGCUAGAAUCAAGUAGGAUAAAGCUUACACAGCUAGAGCAAGAUCUUCAACGAGCACGGUCUCAGGGUCUGUUCUUGGUUGGGUGUGGCGGUGGAGGAGGAAAUAUAAGCCCUGGAGGUGCAAUAUUUGAUAUGGAGUAUGGGAGAUGGGUUGAGGACGAUGAACGACACAUAUCGGAAUUGAGAAGGGGAUUGCAAGCACAUUUAUCAGACAAGGAUCUCGGAGUAAUGGUAGACGGAUACAUUUCACAUUAUGAUGAGAUAUUCCGACUGCGAGGGAUCGCUGCAAAAUCAGAUGUAUUUCACCUCAUUACAGGAAUGUGGACAACUCCUGCAGAGCGUUGCUUUAUAUGGAUGGGAGGGUUUAGACCCUCCGACCUAAUCAAGAUGCUAAUAUCCCAACUAGACCCCUUAACCGAACAACAAGUUAUGGGGAUAUACAGUCUGCAGCAUUCAUCACAGCAGGCAGAAGAAGCUUUGUAUCAAGGUUUGGAACAACUCCAACAAUCUCUUAUGGACACCAUUGCCGGUGGCCCCCUGGUCGACGGAAUGCAACAAAUGGCGGUUGCGUUGGCCAAGAUUUCCAAUCUUGAAGGUUUUGUUCGUCAGGCUGAUAACUUGAGACAACAAACCCUUCAUCAGUUACGUCGAAUACUCACAGUUCGACAAGCCGCACGUUGUUUUUUAGUAAUCGCCGAGUACUACGCCAGGUUAAGAGCACUCAGUUCCCUUUGGGCUACUCGUCCAAGAGAGAGCUUGAUGGGAGAAGAUAAUUCAUACCAAACAACCACAGAUUUACAGAUGCCUCAACCUUCACACAAUCAUUUCCCAAGCUUCUAAUUUCUGUGUAUUUUGAUGCUUUUUUAGGAAACUCAGG